CAGCCCAGAGCCCCGGGAGAGCGGGGCUGCCAGCUGAGCCACUGCUCCUCCGAGGACCUCUUGCUGGGGCUGGGGGACGGAGCAGCCCUCGGUCCCUGGGCUCACUGCAGAUGUCCCCCCGUGCCCCGCCGGCAGGAUCGCUCCCCUAGUGCCGGUGCGGAGGGAGGACCGCUCGUCUCACCAUGGUGCUGCCGCCGCCUGACAAGCGCCACGUCUGUCUGACCACCAUCGUCAUCAUGACCAGCAUGGCCUUCAUGGACGCCUACCUGGUGGAACAGAACCAGGGGCCCCGCAAGAUCGGCGUCUGCAUCAUCGUGCUGGUGGGGGACAUCUGCUUCCUCAUCGUGCUGCGCUACGUGGCGGUGUGGGUGGGGGCGGAGGUGAAGACGGCCAAGCGGGGCUACGCCAUGAUCCUGUGGUUCCUCUACAUCUUUGUGCUGGAGAUCAAGCUGUAUUUCAUCUUUCAGAAUUACAAAGCGGACAAGAAGAACCUGGAGACGGUGGCCAGGAAAGCCCUGACCCUGCUCCUCUCCAUCUGCGUGCCAGGGCUGUACCUGGUGCUGGUGGCCUUGGACAGCAUGGAGUACAUACGGACCUUUCGGAAGAAAGAGGACUUGCGCGGGCGUCUCUUCUGGGUGGCCCUUGACCUUCUGGAUAUCUUGGACAUCCAGGCCAACCUGUGGGAGCCACACAGGACCGGCCUGCCCAUCUGGGCGGAGGGGCUCAUGUUCUUCUACUGCUACAUACUCCUCCUGAUCCUGCCUUGCGUGUCCCUCAGUGAGAUCAGCAUGCAAGGGGAGCACAUUGCCCCGCAAAAAAUGAUGCUCUACCCCGUCCUUAGCCUGGUCACCAUUAACAUCGUCACCAUCUUCAUCCGGGCCAUCAACAUGAUCUUGUUCCAGGACAGCAGGGUCUCCACCAUCUUUAUUGGCAAGAACAUCAUUGCGAUCGCCACCAAGGCUUGCACUUUCCUCGAGUACAAGCGGCAGGUGAAGGAGUUCCCCCAGAACGCCAUCGCCCUGGAGCUCCAGCAGAACUCCCUCUCCCACAACCAGACCAUCCACAGCGUACAGGGCAUUCCCCACGAGCCGUCGCCCACCAGCGAGAUCCUCGACACAUGAGGGAUCACCCCGAGCCGAGCAUUGGUUCAGAUAGACCCGUGCCGAGCGGAGGAGGGAUGCUGCUCUCUUGCUGUGCGGGGCGAGCGUGACGGAUAAAUCCCGGCAGUGAGGGCUCUUCUAGGCACAAAACACCAACCACAUUUUAAUUGAGCUAUGGAGUGUCCCCUAGACGUCUUCAUCUCAGGUAUAACCCUAGGAGUCCUCCAGACAAACCAAAUGGACUUGCAAAGGACCUGAACCAGCUACCCCCCUCUCUCCCUCCCGCCACCAUCUCCCCUCCCUAGCAAAGACCACUAAGGUUGCAAUGUCCCUUUUUACUCCUUGAGCACCUCACCUUUACUCCAAGCCUGGAACGAAGAUUUUGUUACCGGAGACCUUUUUAUGGAGUGGGGACAGGGGCAUAGGUGUAUGGGUUGGGGGGGGAGGGUGGGACGUUUGAACCAGUAAACCCUGUGAUUGUAGAUGUCUCUUAUCU